CAGGUAGAGAAAGCGCGCUUUCUCAUCCCCGAAACGAAUCCGGUUAGAUUUAGAUUUGGAUUAGAGAGAGAAAGAGUUCCAUUCCACCAUAUAAGUUGAAAAAAAAGUUGAAAAAAAAAAAAAAAACAAAAAAACAAGUCGGUCUUCCAAUUCGCAACCUCUAUGGUUUAGAUUUUAAGAUUUGUAGUAGAUCCCCUUUUAUUAGGUCUUUUUCUUUUUAAUUUAUUUUUUUUAAAUUUUCUUUCCCACAAAACCCAAACCAACCAUAGCCAGCCAGACCACUUCUUCAAAAUCGUACCCCACUAUCGUCUUUUUGCUAUCUAUCUAAAUAUUUAUCCCACAUCUUCAAAUCCUCAUCAUCUAAUCCUAUUUGGUCAAUUUUCUUUUUCAUUUUUUUUUUUUUUUUUUUGGACCCGGGACCUGCCCACCUCCCUCAAUCCCCACCAGCAAAAAAAAAAACACAAAGGGGGUCACAGAAAAACACACAUCUUUUACAUCUGUGUUACUAGCCUAGCAUGGAAGAUUGAGGGAGACAAAUAACUCCUAAGCUACCCAACCCAAAAAAAUAAAAUAAAACCAUAUUCAAAUUACCCACCAACCCAAUCAAAACCCACCCAUAAAAUUUCACCACCCCUUUUUUCUUUUCUCACCCUUUGAAAAAAAAAAAAAAAAAGAAAUUAAAAAAAAAAAAGGUGAUCUUCGUCUAAAACUCUCCCCCAUUCUUUAUAAGAGAGGUGAAUAGGGAAAUAAUUAUUACAUUCACAUCAUAUGGCAUUACAAUUUUAAGUAUAAAGUCAUGGAAGUGCUUCCUUGUUCUGGUGUUCAGUAUGUUGGAGAAUCAGAUUGCCCUCAGCAGAGUUCAGGGAAAGAUUUUGUUUAUGAUGGAGAAUCUAACUGUAUCGAAAAUGGAAAACAAACUCAAUUGGCAGAAAAUAAAGCAGAUGAUGGAUUGCUAAAUAUGGAAAUACCUCAAUUAGAAAGAGAAGGUGGAGCUGAAGUGACAGUUGAUGGAUUGCCAUCUACAGAAGGAAACUGCAAUGGAGCUUCUCAUGAUAGUCAGGUGGAGGGCCAAAGGUUAUCUUGUGGGUCACAUGGAUACGAAGAUGAUGAUGCAAGUGCACAGAAUUACUGCACAGAAUCUUCAUUAGCCUCUGAGAACUGUCAUCUUAUUGUAGAUACCAUUGAAAGUGAAUUGCCAAACAACAAUAGGGAUGGAGAGUCAUCUCUCAUAGAGCCCACAUGGCUAGAAGGUGAUGAAUCUGUGGCGCUGUGGGUCAAGUGGAGAGGGAAGUGGCAGGCAGGGAUCAGAUGUGCAAGGGCUGACUGGCCAUUAUCAACUUUGAAAGCAAAACCAACUCAUGACAGGAAGAAGUAUUUUGUUAUAUUUUUUCCACACACAAGGAAUUAUUCUUGGGCAGAUACGCUACUUGUUCGAUCAAUCAAUGAAUAUCCGCAGCCUAUUGCAUAUAAAACACAUAAAAUUGGUCUUAAAAUGGUAAAAGAUUUGACAGUGGCAAGGCGAUUUAUUAUGCAAAAGCUAGCUGUUGGUAUGCUGAAUAUUGUUGACCAAUUUCAUACUGAGGCUUUGGUAGAGAGUGCUCGUGAUGUGUUGGUCUGGAAGGAGUUUGCAAUGGAGGCUUCUCGCUGUAAUGGUUAUUCUGAUCUUGGAAGGAUGCUUCUGAAGCUUCAGAGUAUGAUAUUACAACGCUAUAUAAAUUGUGACUGGCUAAAGAAUUCAUAUCAGUCUUGGGUACAACAUUGUCAGAGUGCACAUAGUGCUGAGUCCAUUGAAAUGCUGAAGGAGGAGUUAUAUGAUUCGAUUCUCUGGAAUGAAGUCCACUCUCUCAGAGAUGCACCUGUCCAGCCCACAUUGGGUUCUGAGUGGAAAACCUGGAAACAUGAAGUUAUGAAGUGGUUUUCAACCUCAAAUCCCAUGACCAAUGGUGGAGAAUCACAGCAACAGAGUAAUGAUAGUCCAUUAACUGCAAGUCCCCAAGUUAGCAGGAAAAGGCCCAAGCUUGAAGUUCGUCGUGCUGAGACACAUGCUUCCCAGGUGGAAAGUAGGGGUUCAGAUCAAUCUGUAACCCUUGAAAUUGAUUCUGGAUUUUUUAAUAAUGUAGACAUUGUACAUACUAGUAAAUUAGCAUCAGAACCUCAUAAAGAGGAAGAUUUUAAAGAGGUGGCGGCACCAACGAAGUUGCCUGGUGAUAUGGCUGAUAAAUGGAAUGGAAUUGUAGUUGAAGAUCAAAAUGCUGGGUUCAACCAAAGUAAAGAUAUUGAAUUGACACCUGUCAAUGAAGUGACUGCUAGACCUUUGGAUUCAGGAAAUAAGAAUCGGCAGUGUAUUGCUUAUAUUGAAUCUAAGGGAAGGCAAUGUGUCAGGUGGGCUAACGAUGGUGAUGUUUACUGUUGUGUGCAUUUAUCCUCCCGUUUCAUAGGCAACUCUGCAAGAGCCGAAGGGAUUCUCUCUAAUGACACACCUAUGUGUGAAGGGACAACUGUUCUUGGUACUAGAUGUAAGCAUCGAUCUCUACAUGGAUCCUCAUUUUGUAAGAAACACAGGCCCAAGAAUGAAACUAAGAAAAUAUCAAAUUUUUCAGAGAAUACGCCUAAGAGAAAGUAUGAAGAGGAUGCUCCUAGUUUAGAAACCUCAAAUUGCAAAGAGAUUGUGUUAGUGGGAGAUAUAGGAAGCCCACUCCAAGUGGAUCCUCUUGCAGUCGUGGAAGGUGAUACCCAUGGAAGAAGCAGCUUAGUUGAGCAUACUGCUACAGAUUGUAAUAGCUCAGAGCCCCUGCACUGCAUAGGCUCCUGCUUACCUGAAAACAACAAUCCUUGUCUGGAAAGUCCAAAGCGUCAUUCUUUAUACUGUGAAAAGCACUUACCAAGCUGGCUUAAACGUGCAAGGAAUGGCAAGAGUAGGAUAGUAUCAAAAGAAGUGUUUGUAGAUCUUCUGAGGGACUGCCACUCACAGGAGCAAAAGUGUCAUUUACAUCAGGCAUGUGAGCUUUUCUACAGGCUCUUUAAAAGUAUUUUAUCCUUAAGAAACCCAGUACCUAAGGAAGUUCAAUUUCAGUGGGCUCUAUCUGAAGCUUCCAAAAAUUUUAAUGUUGGAGAGUUCUUUAUGAAGUUAGUUUGCAGCGAAAAGGAGAGACUCAGAAGGAUCUGGGGCUUCAGUGCAGAUGAAGACACACAAAUUUCCUCUGUCAUGGAAGAACCAGCUUUGUUGCCAUUGGUGGUUGAUGGUAGCCAUGAUGAUGAAAAAGCAAUUAAGUGCAAAAUUUGCUCAGAGGAGUUUUUGGAUGACCAAGCACUUGGCAACCACUGGAUGGACAAUCAUAAAAAGGAAGCACAAUGGCUAUUUAGAGGUUAUGCCUGUGCAAUCUGUCUUGAUUCUUUUACUAAUAAGAAAGUACUUGAAACUCAUGUACAGGAGAGACAUCAUGUGCAAUUUGUUGAACAGUGUAUGCUUCUUCAGUGUAUUCCUUGUGGCAGCCAUUUUGGGAAUACUGAAGAAUUAUGGUUGCAUGUGGUCUCAGCACAUCCUGUUGAUUUCAGGCUUUCAAAGGCAACUCAACAGGCUCUGUCUACUGGUGAUGAAUCUCCUCCAAAGCUUGAGCUGUACAAUUCAGCUUCUCUGGAUAAUAACUCUGAGAAUACAAAUGGUUUCCGAAAGUUUAUUUGCAGGUUUUGUGGGUUGAAGUUCGAUUUACUUCCUGAUCUUGGUCGACACCAUCAAGCUGCUCAUAUGGGAGCAGGCUUGGUCAGUUCUCGACCUCCAAAGAGGGGGAUACGGUAUUAUGCUUAUAGAUUAAAAUCUGGGAGGCUUAGCCGUCCUAGAUUUAAAAAAAGUCUGGCAGCUGCAUCAUUAAGGAUCAGGAACAGGGCAACUGCUACUAUUAAAAAACGAAUCCAAGCAUCAAAGUCACUUAGCACUGCGGGGAUAAGCAUGCUUUCUCAUGUAACUGAGGCAGAAAAUCUUGGUAGCUUGGUGGAAUCUCAAUGCUCAGCUGUGGCAAAGAUUUUGUUCUCUGAGAUACAGAAAACAAAACCUCGGCCAAACAACCUUGAUAUUAUAUCUACUGCACGCUCCACCUGCUGCAAAGUCAGUCUUAAAGCCUCACUAGAGGAAAAAUAUGGAGUAUUGCCAGAGCGUUUGUAUCUGAAGGCAGCCAGGCUCUGCAGUGAGCAUAACAUCCGAGUAGAUUGGCACCAAGAUGGGUUCAUUUGUCCUAAAGGAUGCAAGGCAUUCAAGGAUCCACUUUUGUUGUCUCCCUUGAGACCUCUUCCAAGUGGUUUUCUGGGCCAUAGAUCUGAAUGUUCAGCAGAUCCUCUGGAUGACAAGUGGGAGAUGGAUGAGUGCCACUAUAUCAUUGAUUCACACUACUUGAGACCAAGAUUCAUGCAUAAUGCCUUUGUACUGUGUGAUGAUAUAAGCUUUGGACAGGAAUUGGUUCCAGUGGCGUGUGUAGCAGAUGAUGAUCUUGUGGAUUCUGAUCCCCACCUUGCAGCUAGUUGUGAGGUUCAAAAUUCUAGACAUUCCAAGCCUUGGGAGAGUUUUACCUAUGUUACAAAACCGUUGCUUGAUCAAUCCCUUGCUCUUGAUACAGAGCAGAGUUUGCAGUUGGGUUGUGCCUGUCCACAGCUAAGGUGCUGUCCUGAAACAUGUGAUCAUGUAUACCUUUUUGAUAAUGACUAUGAAGAUGCAAAAGACAUUUUUGGGAAACCCAUGCGCGGUAGGUUCCCAUAUGAUGAUAAAGGACGGAUCAUCUUGGAGGAAGGCUACCUUGUUUAUGAGUGUAAUGAUAGGUGUAGCUGCAGUAAAAACUGCCCAAAUAGGGUUUUGCAGAAUGGAGUUAGAGUGAAACUGGAAAUCUAUAGAACAGAAAAAAAGGGAUGGGCUGUCAGGGCAGGUGAAGCCAUUCUACGGGGCACAUUUGUGUGUGAGUACAUUGGCGAGGUUUUAGAUGAGCAGGAAGCUAACAAGAGGCGCAAAAGAUAUGGCACAGAAGGUUGCAGCUAUUUAUAUGAGAUCGACGCUCAUAUUAACGAUAUGAGCAGAUUGAUUGAAGGACAGGCCCGAUAUGUAAUCGAUGCCACAAAGUACGGAAAUGUUUCACGGUUCAUCAAUCAUAGCUGCUCGCCGAAUCUUGAGAAUCACCAAGUUCUAGUGGAAAGCAUGGAUUUUCAGCAUGCGCAUAUCGGUUUGUAUGCAAAUCGAGAUAUAGCUUUGGGAGAAGAACUAACGUACGACUAUCGAUAUGAGCUGCUGCCUGGAGAAGGAUAUCCAUGCCACUGUGAAGCUUCCACAUGCCGUGGCCGCCUUUAUUAAAACUUUUGAUCAUAUUUGACAAAUCAGCAUUUCGUUAAAGUUUUCAUUGUUAAUGUGGGGAGGGCCAGUUAGAUUAGGGUAAAAAAAUAAAUAUUUUAUAUAUUUAUUUGUUUUCAAAAUUUGUUUUAUUUUUUAUAUGAAACAAGUUAAUUUUUUUUCCGUUGAAAAAAAUACAAAUUUUGGUUGCA